GGCCGGACUAGUUGGGAUUUAAGACGGCUGUGUGGUGACGAGUAAGUACUAUAAUCGACUAACACUGUCAUUUCCUGUUUAGAUACUAUCGAUUGGAAGUGUUGUACACUCGAACCUGUGAGGCCUCCGGUGGACGUCUCGUAGUUUUGCGGCCACACAGGCAAGCUGCUCUCUGGAGAAGGUUGAAGAGACUGGGUUGGGAGUCGAGCUGCUAUCUUUAUGGCUGACCCCAACUUCCCCCCACUGCCCGGAUUCAUUCCACUCAAGCCAUGCUUUUAUCAGGACUUUGAUGAGAUUCCUGAACAGCACCGCAGCUUGUGCAAAAAAAUGUACCACCUGUGGAUGUUAAACAGUGCAACGCUGGCUGUCAAUCUCAUCGGUUGCUUUGCGUGGAUGUUUGGAGGAGGAGGAGUGACCAACUUUGGCCUGUCCAUCAUCUGGCUGAUCAUGUUUACGCCCUGCUCUUAUGUGUGCUGGUUCAGGCCCAUAUACAAGGCUUUCAAGAGUGAUAGCUCCUUCAACUACAUGCUGUUCUUCUUUGUGUUCAUGGCUCAAGUCGGGAUCAGUAUCAUUCAAAGCAUCGGCAUCCCGGGAUGGGGAGUCUGUGGCUGGUUAGCGACUAUCUCCUUCUUCAGUUACAAUAUAUUGAUAGCUUUGGUGAUGUUGGUUCCGACUAUCAUGUUCACCGCUGUUGCAUCGCUGUCCUUCAUGGCCCUCACGAAGAUCCAUAACUUCUACCGUGGGAGCGGAGGCAGCAUGUCCAAAGCGCAGGAAGAGUGGACUACUGGAGCCUGGAAGAACCCUCACGUCCAGCAGGCGGCCCAACAGGCUGCAAUCGGGGCGGCCGCCGGCGCCAUGCAGGACCAGUACGCCGCCCCACAGUACAACGACAACCAAAUGUAACCUUGAAUGAUACGCGGGUGUUAUGGAAAGGCCAAAGGUGGAACGACAACGUCAUAUUGAUAGCGGGUUCGAACAAAUGAAUGAUGCAGGUUCGCUAGAGCUUCAAAGAAACAUCACAGAAAUGUGAGUUUUCAAGCUGUUUCAUCAUGUGGCAAACAAAUCUCUCAUAUUGUUGAAUAUUUUAUAUUCUUUUAGUCUUGAAUAUCUUAUCACAUUUUAUUCUUCAUUUAUAUAUUUUGUAGUAUAUGACUGUUUGUGUUACAACCAAAGAUGUUAGUAUUGUGAGUAUUUGAAUGGUUGAAUAUUCCUUCUUUGGAAUGUAUUAGUUUUAGUACAACUUGUAAGCUAUGGAAUGUGAUUUGGGAUGAAGAUUCACUCCGUGACCUCAAGAUGAUUUCACUGAUUUCUAUGCAGUGUGACACUUUUUUCCCUGUUGUAAUACUAUGCAAGAGUAAGAGGAACACUUUGAGAGGAGAGACAAAAAGCUUGGAGAAUAAAGUCCUAAAACUGAGAGACUGAUGUUUUUAAAUACUGUAAGAAAAAAAUUAGUAAGAAAAAAAAAUACUGAAUUAAAAAGAUUAUGAGAAAAAGCAAAAAUAACUGCAAUAUUCGGAGUAAAAAUAUUUAAAAAGUUGAAAUAUUAAAGUAUGAAGUUUGACCAUUAUAGGAGAAUAUUGUCUCACAUUAUAAUAGGUUGAAAUAUUUAGAGUUGCUAUUUUCUGAGAAUGAAGGUAAAAUAAUAAAAUCAUACAAAAUAUAACUGCAAUAUAAUGACAAAAAACAAAAAAUGAUGUCCUAAUUUCACCAGAAUAAAGCUGAAAUAUUGAUAUUUAGGAAAAUAAUUGUCAUUUUAAAAUAAUGACAUCAUAUUUCAAAUUCUUGUAUUUCAAAAAUUGAAAUACAAGAAAAAGUAUACGAUUUUACAAAAAAUAUGUUGCAAUUUUACAAGGAAAAAUGUUCAGAGCGUAUUAUGAGGAAAAUAAUAGAAUAAAGAUUAAAUAGUGAAGCUCUAAUUUUCCUGAAAAUUGUAUUUUUAUAUUUUUUAUUAUUAUUAUUAUUUUUUUUUUACAAGAUUUAAGUCAAAAUUUAAAGUCGGAACAUGAUAAAAAAUUAAGCUGCAAUAUUAUAAGGAGAAAAAUGGUUUGUUGUGUUUAAAUUUGUUUGAGAAUUCAGACAGUAAAUCAUUAAAAUGACAAAUUUAUGCUUUUCACUUGUAAAUAUAUGUCUUUAUUUCAUGUAAUACUUUUUUUCCAUGUCCCAUUCUGAUUUCUCUCUUGAUAUUACAAUUUUAUUCAUACAUGCAUUUCAUCAUAA